UUAAAAAUAGUCUUAAAAACGAAACAGUCUCCUUAAAGAAACACUCAAGAAUAUUAUUGAAAAUCUUAGACUGAAAAUUCACGUUUUCGCGGUUUUAAAAUCGAUGAGAAACGAUUGCAGUAUUGCACACCAAUUUCGUUUGCUUUACUUCCGCUCGUCGUCUUGACAACGUUGCGAUCGAAUCGUUUAUUUAGUACGCGACCUGUAGAAUAAUAUCUUCCGUUUCCCCUUUUUUAACCUGUUCCCUUGGCUGAUUGUUAGUUUCCUUUUCUUCAUUACUAAACGGAUUCUCAUGAGCAUGGCCAAGUUCGUAAGUACCUACGAGAAGCCUUUGCCUCACAUUGGUCUACCCGAUUGGUACAGCAAGCAAUGGGAGCUCCGACAAAGUGCGGAUGUUAGAAGAUCCGAGGCUUGCAGGCUGCGCAAUUCGAGCAAAACCACUCGUUCCGAGGGGAAUAUAAAAACAAAAUGGGAUAUCUACAUGAACGAUAAUCGAAUAACGGACAGAGUGUUAGAGAUAUCGAGAUGGAAGGACGUGUUCGAAGACUUGCUGCAAAAAUUACUAACCGAGAUGCGCUUGUUAAGCGACGAGAAAGCCAACACCCAGAAGGAAAUUGAAGACAUAACUCGUUCGCUGCACAUCGCCAGCGAAUGCAUUUCGACGAGGGACUGCCGUCGAAGAACCGAGCUCACGUACGACGAGGCUGAUAUUGAACUGAAGAAAGAACUUUGUAUGAUCGCGAAUAUUCACGAAGCACUGACCAAGAGAGCACAAGCUGCAUGGGAAAUGUUGAACCGUUUGGAAGCUCUCAAAUUUAAGCUGAGUUUGAACAUAGAAGAUAAGAAUGAAACCAUUAAGAUAGACAAAGAGAAUCUAGAGUUGGAUUAUGCUUCAGCAAAUACAAGUUACAAAUCGAAAACGUUGGUUACUGAUAAAACAAGUGGUUCAAUAACGUAUGAGGUUUGGUUAGACAAAUGUCGCUGUUGCAAGUUGUCUACCGAAAACGAAUUAAAUGAGUGUUACACUUUUCGUGAAGCUACACGUGUAAUGAGAGAACACGCAUGGAACGACAUUAGAGCUCAGCAAGACGCGACGGAUUACAAUUUGAGGAAGAGAAUUUAUCAAACGCAAAAAGGCAGAAAUGAAAUGGAAUGGCAGAAGCACAAGGUGCAGAAAGAAAUGGAAAUGUUGGGAAACGAAAUAAGCCAACUGGAAGAAACGCUGAUGAGUAAAAUUGGCGUGGUGAAAUGCGUGGAGACACGAUUGGAAAAUCGCGUUUAUCGGCCUGGUUCGGAGCUCUGUAAGGACCAAGUCGAAUCAGGCUUGAAGAACGAAGCCCUACAACUAAAACAGACAGAAGAAAAUCUCAUUAAGAUGAUCGAGCGUACAAAAGCAAGCUACAACAGUCUGGAAUCUUUGCUCAUACGUGUCGACAAAAAUUUGGAAGACAAACAGCACUCUCUGAAUACCGACGUUAUGUGCUUGGACAUGAGAGCGCCACUGAAGACGGGGGACAGAUCGCGUUUACCUAACGAGACGGACCGCAACAUUGUACUGACACGCAUGGAGAAGGAGAUUCCACUAGAAUCUUAAUUCGAUUCCAUUCGGAUUUGUUUGGAUUCAUUUGGAUUUUUGAAAUGUGACGACUUGAGAUGCAAUUUUUCUAAUUGAACUUGUUGCACGAUUCAUCUUUUCUCUUUUUUUCUCUAAAAAAAAAGAGGAAAGAAUCACGUAAGAAAUUCAACUAAAAAGAAUUAUUUGUAGCUACUGCACUUAAGAUUAAAAAGCACUCAUCAGUAUUCCAUCUUCAUAUAUAUCGCGCCAGAAAAAUAAGUUUCUCGAUUAAAAUUCGACGAAUGUUGUCAGAUUUGUAAACCUAACCUAACUUAAUCUAACCUACCUACCUA